AUGGCAACAGCAGGUCUCUCUAAUGAUGCAACUGGUGUUUGUGAAGAGGACGACCCCUGGGGACCAGGUACUGGGUUCACAUCUCCUCUGCGAACUCCUGUAUUGCUGCAGCGUCUGUACUGGGUUCACAUCUCCUCUGCGAACUCCUGUAUUGCUGCAGCGUCUGUACUGGGUUCACAUCUCCUCUGCGAACUCCUGUAUUGCUGCAGCGUCUGUUCUGGGUUCACAUCUCCUCUGCAAACUCCUGUAUCCGUGGAGCGUCUGUUCUGGGUUCACAUCUCCUUUGCAAACUCCUGUAUCGCUGCAGCGUCUGUUCUGGGUUCACAUCUCCUCUGCAAACUCCUGUAUCGCUGCAGCGUCUGUUCUGGGUUCACAUCUCUUCUGCAAACUCCUGUAUCCGUGGAGCGUCUGUUCUGGGUUCACAUCUCCUUUGCAAACUCCUGUAUCGCUGCAGCGUCUGUUCUGGGUUCACAUCUCCUCUGCAAAAUCCUGUAUCGCUGCAGCGUCUGUUCUGGGUUCACAUCUCCUCUGCAAACUCCUGUAUCGCUGCAGCGUCUGUACUGGGUUCACAUCUUCUCUGCAAACUCCUGUAUCGCUGCAGCGUCUGUACUGGGUUCACAUCUUCUCUGCAAACUCCUGUAUCGCCGGAGCGUGUGUUCUGGGUUCACAUCUUCCGGGAAGACGCUGCAGUGUGUGAUGUGUGUCGGGAGGAAUGCACCAGUGUUAUCAUUCACUCCGUUAUGCAAGAGUGAUUUGGUGGAAACCUUUGCCUGGUACAGUGCAGACCCAAGCCUCCUCCUGCUCCGGCCCCGCUCACAGGGAGAGGCCGAUGUGGGCCAGAGGAUCGUCUAA